AUGGGUAUCUCUCGUGAUUCUCGCCACAAGCGCAGCGCCACCGGUGCUAAGCGUGCUUUCUACCGCAAGAAGAGAGCCUUCGAGAAGGGCCGCCAGCCCGCCAACACCCGUAUUGGCACCAAGCGCAUCCACCUGGUCCGCACCCGUGGUGGCAACCAGAAGUACCGUGCUCUCCGUCUCGAGUCCGGUAACUUCUCGUGGGGCUCCGAGGGUGUUGCCCGCAAGACCCGUGUCAUCGGUGUCUCCUACCACCCUUCCAACAACGAGCUGGUCCGCACCAACACCCUGACCAAGUCCGCCGUUGUCCAGAUCGACGCCGCUCCCUUCCGCCAGUGGUACGAGGCCCACUACGGCCAGGGUAUCGGCCGCAGACGCCAGCAGAAGACUGGUGAGGCCACCGAGGAGAAGAAGAGCAGCAAGUCCGUCGCCAAGAAGCAGGCUGCCCGCUUCGCCGAGCAGGGCAAGGUUGAGGGCGCCAUCGAGCGUCAGUUCGAGUCCGGUCGUCUGUUCGCCGUCGUUUCUUCGCGCCCCGGCCAGUCCGGCCGUGUUGACGGCUACAUCCUGGAGGGUGAGGAGCUGGCUUUCUACCAGCGUGCGAUCCGCAAGUAA